CAAUAAUUAAUUUCACUAAAAAAUAAAAAUAAAUUAUAAUAAUACUUCUUUCAGUAUCACAAUCACAUUUCAGAAUGUAUUGGAUAAAUUUACCUGGAUAAAUUUAUAAAAAAUACUUUCCCCUACACCAGGCACACUACUUGCAUCCUUCUAACAAUUCUUGAAUAAACAACAACUGAUAGGACUAUACCAAUUAAAAUUUGAAAAUCUACUAGUGAAAAUAAUCAAAAUUUUAAAUAGUAAUGUUACUUCUUGUCUUAUGAUAUAAUCAAGUUUUGUUUUUUUUCUUGCUGCAAGCAAAACAUUAUACCAAAUUUCAAAAUUAGGAAAUAUUGAUGAGAAUUUUUUCAUUAUUUCUUUCAGAGAAGAUGGAACAGCCCUUCCUUUCGAAUUCCUUCCCCUCCUUAUCAACCCCCCAAUGUUAAAUUUUUUUGAGAUUUUCUAAACUGGAAAGUUUAGAUACAAUUUGAUUUGACAGCACGAAGAUGGGGCCAUGAUUACUUUGUUAUUAUUUAUACUACAACAUUGAACAAAUGGGUAUUUUAAUGCCCUUUUGCAACUCGCUUCAGAUGCUAACUCAAGCUCAACUUGACUACUGCAACAACUGCACAAGUGCAAGCAACGCCUGCUGUACCAUUGGUACCAUCGUCCUACAGUCAAAAACAGACAGAGACAUCCUGCCAACCAGAACCAGCCUUACUUGGUAUUCAACUGGUACAGUGAUACUUCGAACCGAAGUUAUCCCACCAAUCUGCCCAUUAUUGGCAAAAACUGGUGCAGCUAUGGUUUACCACAAUUGUAGCCAUCCCGCCUAA